GUCGCGCUGCUGCCGGGACGGCGCCUUGGGCGGCGGCGAGCGGGGCUGGCGCGGGGCCGCUGGCGAUGAGGGCGCUGGUGUUGCUGCUGGCGCUGCUGGCGCGCGGCUGGGGCGCACGGUGCCCGGCGCGCUGCGACGUGUCGCGGUGCCCGAGCCCCGGCUGCCCCAGCGGCUACGUGCCCGACGGCUGCAACUGCUGCUUGGUGUGCGCGGCGGGCGAGGGCGAGGCGUGCGGCCGCCCCGAGGACCCGCCGUGCGGAGACGACCUCACGUGCCGCUUCCCCGCUGCCGCGGGCCAGAGCCAGGGCCGGGGCGUGUGCCAGUGCAAGCUCCGCGCGCCGGUGUGCGGCAGCGACGGCAGGACGUACGCCAAUGGGUGCCGCCUCAAGAGCGCCGAGCGCCAGGCUCUGCAGCAGGGGCUGCCGCCCGUCGUGCAGGUCCAGAAGGGCGCCUGCGGAGCCGAUCAUCAACAGCCAAACAGCCCAAGGUAUAAGUUUAACUUCAUUGCAGAUGUGGUGGAGAAGAUUGCACCAGCAGUUGUACAUAUAGAACUUUUCUUAAGGCAUCCUCUGUUUGGCCGGAAUGUUCCUCUUUCCAGUGGAUCUGGGUUUAUUGUGUCAGAUGCAGGUUUAAUUGUAACCAACGCCCAUGUGGUGUCAAGCAGCUCCACAGUCACCGGGCGACAACGAUUGAAAAUCCAGCUGCAGAAUGGAGAUACAUACGAUGCAACAAUCAAAGACAUUGAUAAGAAAUCUGAUAUAGCGACAAUAAAGAUUAAUCCAUGGAAAAAAUUGCCUGUCCUUGCCAUCGGCCUGUCUGGUGAUCUGAGGCCGGGUGAAUUUGUUGUGGCCAUUGGGAGUCCCUUUGCUUUGCAGAACACAGUGACAACAGGGAUUGUCAGUACAGCCCAGCGGGAUGGCAAAGAGCUUGGCUUGAAGGAUUCUGACAUGGAUUAUGUUCAGACAGAUGCUAUCAUCAAUUAUGGAAACUCAGGAGGACCUCUGGUAAACUUGGAUGGAGAAGUGAUAGGCAUCAAUACAUUAAAGGUUGCUGCAGGAAUUUCCUUUGCUAUUCCUUCCGAUCGCAUUGCUCGAUUCCUCUCGGAGAAUUCUGACAAAGAAAGUAAAGAUAUGAAAAAAAGGUUUAUUGGAAUAAGGAUGCUGACAAUAACGCCUGUACUAGUGGAAGAACUUAAGCUUGAUGAUCCAGAUUUUCCAGAUGUCAGUAGUGGAAUUUAUGUGCAUGAAGUUGUUCCAAAUUCUCCAUCUCAUAGAGGUGGGAUUAAGGAUGGAGAUAUCAUUGUUAAGGUGAAUGGGCGUCCAUUGGAGACUUCUGCUGACCUGCAAGAUGCAGUAAUGAAUGAAUCACCUCUACUACUUGAAGUUAGAAGGGGAAACGAUGACUUGUUGUUUAACAUAGAACCUGAAGUGCUUAUGUAAAACAAACUGAGGAAGAUCAUUGCAACACAAUUAAACUCAUUUAUUCUGGAACAUCAGAUACCUCCUUUACAAUGUUAGUAAUAGCACCUUGUGUUGACUGAUGACAAGGUGGAUUGACAUAACUGCCUGAGCCAGGGCUGUACCUGACAGUCAACAACCUCACGACUUCAAGACAAGUUCCUUUUGGUAGUUCUGCAUAUUGAAUUUCAUAUAGUGUACGACUGUUGUAUAUGGAAGCAGUGAAAUGUAGAAAAAAUGAUUCUUAUAGAAUUAUUGCCUGAUAUAAAAGCAAAACAAUGUGCAAAACAAAGCUAAAACUUUGAGAAACUGCACAAUUUUUCAGGGUUUUAUAAAUGAUUUUUUUUCAUUGCAUUAAGAAAGCAUUAUUGUACAAAUUAUAUACUUAUGACAAGUACUGUAUGUUCUACUGUACAAAGAUUAAAGUUUACACAACUGAAAAGUUUUCUCUUAAUUCUGUUUAGCUAUUAUUUCCUAGUACUAUUGCUAUGAAAAGAAGCACUAUACAACAACCCACCUGAGCCCUCAAUAGAAGUGCUAUACUAGGACAACAAGGGCUAUAUCACUCACGUUUGAGCUUAAGCCAUUGCCAAAGAGGAGUAUAGGACUUGUAAUGCUAGCUGGAGCCGGUGUCCUUUGGGACGAAGGGCAGGAUAUUUAUUCAACAAAUUAAUAAAUAAUUCUAUAUAGUAUCUCUGUUCUGGAUUCACUAGAGGGAAGGGUGAAAACAAGGGUGCACAUCUGUCGCUACUGUUCACUAAGUGUCUGUUGCGCAGUAAAAUGUUCUGUUUUCCCAAGAAAAAUAAUAGAACCAUAGAAUUUUAGGCACCAGCAAAAAUGUUUCUCCUUAACCACGCCUUUGGCUAGUCUCUGUCUUUCUAAAUGUGUUUGUGGAAAGGGAUGUUAUUGGUUUGUUUUUGGUUUUGGAUCUUAUUUUCUUAUUUUGUGUUCUCAUCUUGUACUUUUAUGUCAUGAACUGCCCUGUGAUCUGUGGACGAAGGGUAGUAUACAGACUUAAUAAAUAGUAGUAGUAGUAGAAGUAGUAAUAACUAAUAGAAUUGUAG